AUGAUGCACGACGACGCGCAGUACUCCUCGAGAAAACUGCCGGCCUUGAGUCGGUCCGCUGAAUUAUGGUCUGCGCCGUUUCGCGUUUUUCGCAAUGACGUCCGCGUGUUGCUGGGGCACCCGACUAUAGGUUGUUGGAAAAGUUCGUACAACACCGGUUGUGACGUGGCGGCAUGCGAGACGCAUCAUCGGUCGCCGCGACACUUUGGUCUGACGACGUACUUCUGCUGCUGUGAAGGCCCGCUGUGCAAUGUGAACGCGACGUACAGGCCGCUGGUGGCGUCGGCCGGCGGCGACAUCACCGCCACUACCGGCUUCAUCGCGCCCGACGUCGCCCAGCCCCGUGUAGGCAUCACCGCCGCCAGAGUCCGCGAGCGUCUCGUCGUCGGUACUUGGUGGACUCUCGUGCUGGUACUUGUUGCUGGGCCCCUGCGGCGAGUCGCCGGGUUCAUGUCGGUGGAACAAAACCCUGACUGCGUGGAUGACCGAUUCGACCCGGUGGGCUUUAGCCUCGAAUUAAUUGCUUGA